GUUGGAAAUCCAAUCUCGCCGCACGAGCACGCGGAUUCCGAGUCCGAGAGUUGAAAGCGGACUUGAUUGGUCGCCGUUGUCGUGGCGCUUUAAUCCACUUGACGAUUUCGAGCUCCGAGCUGCGAGCUCCUCCGUGCCGCUGCCCAGUGUCACACCCGUGCGAGCUUGGGCAACCGAAAAUUUGACAACGACUGCCUAUGAGCACUUGAGGAAAUGUUGCAUAAACGAAAGUUGGUCCCGACCGCGUGAAAAGGGGAAAAGGGAGGGGUCGAGCUGGGCAAGCCGGGUACUCAGAUUUAAGGCUGCUCACGUCGACGGGGCGGAUACAAAGUCUACAUGUGUCACAACAGCAACAUCGGCAAAUAAUUUAAACGCUCCGCGGCGGCAAUUGAAGAGGCAUCAAUUAACAAAGACCACUGCAACUUAGAGGAAUAGUGGAAAUCACUUAUAUAUAGACAUUUAGCUUCUGCAGCAAAAUGAAGAAUCGUCAGCGGCCGCGCCGAAUAUCGCUAAAUGAAAACCACAACAGAUACUUGGGGAGCAGCAACAUCGAUGUACAAAUAUUUACCAAUACAAAAGAACCCAAUCAAGUCAAUUUAAAUUCAUCGUCAAAGCCGCUGACAACUACAGUAACGACGACCUCAGCGGAGGCUUCGGCUGUGUACGCCGCUCUUCCCGCUUCGCUUUCAGUCGCUCAGAUAGCCCAGCAGCAACAGCAACAGCAACAGCAACAGCAACAGCAACAUAUACAUGCACGGCAGCAACAUCUACGCCUUGAGCAGCAACAGCAGCUGAUUAUGCCGCCCACAGUGAUGACAGGCAAAUACUGUCCGCCGCACGCCAAGCUGCGAAAAUCGAAAUCCACCCCGAGUCUCAACUUCGAUGGCAGCCAGCCCAUGGAGGAGGACGCCCGCUGUCACUCCAUUUCCCCAUUUUCCCGUGGAAACCCCGCCUCGGAGGCUAAGCAAACGCAGCAACAUGAACAAUUUUCACGCAUCACCAGCACCGACAGCGGCUGCACCAGCAACAGCAACAUCAACAUCGGCAGCAACAAGUGCAACAGCAAUGCGACGCCGACAACACCGGAGUCAUUGCGCUUUGGAUGCGCCCAUUAUAAGCGACGCGCCAUGUUUGUGACUCCCUGCUGCAACAAGUUCUACAAGUGCCGAUUUUGCCAUGACGAGAACGAGACUCACCACUUCGAUCGCAAGACCCUCACCGAGCUGAUCUGCUCCGAAUGCAACAGGCGGCAAACGGUUCGGGAGCAGUGCGAAAAUUGCGGAGUCCGAUUUGGAAAGUACACCUGUCUGAUCUGCAACCUCUUCGACGAUGCGGACAAGCAGCAGUACCAUUGUCACGGCUGUGGAAUCUGUCGGAUUGGCGGGGCAGAAAACUUCUUCCAUUGCGAGGUCUGCAACAUGUGCCUUCCCAUCCAGCUGAAGAUCGAUGGCCACAGGUGCGUGGAGAACAUCUCGCGGUCCCACUGUCCGGUUUGUCUGGGCGACAUCCACACCUCGCGCAUUCCCUGCCACAUUCCCGACUGCGGCCACCUGCUGCACAAGAUGUGCUUCGACCAGCUCCUCGCCUCCGGCCACUACACCUGUCCCACCUGCCAGACCUCGCUGAUCGACAUGACGGCGCUGUGGGAGUACCUCGACGACCAGGCCAAGCGUAUGCCGGUGCCCCUGAAGUACGAGAACCAGCGGGUUCACAUAUUCUGCAACGAUUGUCACAAGACUUCCAAAACCAAAUUCCAUUUCAUAGGACUUAAGUGCGUGCAUUGCGGCGCCUACAACACAACGCAGGAUGUGAAACGCCGCCUGUCCCUAGUUGCCGAUGAGCCAUCUUCAGCAUGAUGUCCACCGAUCCACACCAGAUCAGCAUCAGCAUCCACAUCCGCAUUCGCAACAGUAAACCUCUUGCCAUGCUAUCCAUAUUUGAAGAAACUUAUUUGUUACCUAAACGCAACACAACUGAAAUCGAAACGCAUUGAAUUUAGAAUAAAUUCGAGCUGGUAUCGAAUAUAAACCACACAAAAACACAAACGAAAGGCUCCCUAAAUCAUUCGGGUGUUCUCUCGAAACUCCUGGAGAUUUAAAAAUAUUAAUUAGGUUUAAUUGAAAUAUAUAGUUUCAAUAUUGUGAUAAACCUAUAACAAAAACUUAAUCCAAAUUGUUCUUUUAAAUCUCUAGGUGAUUUCAAACCCCCAAUUUAGUAUACACUACACAUUGGUCAAUACAAAGUUUCACUCGAAUUUUAAAGUAUUACAUUUGCAAAAUUCAUUUUGUGUAAACCUCGAAUUUCUCCGCAAAAAUUUAAUUUUAGAAAAAAAACUCUGUAAAUUCUUAAAAUUCCGUUACGCAUUAAUUCUGAAUAAAAUAGAUAACUUACAACAAGAA